GUAGAAUCAUUAUGAUUAGAUCUGUUGGAAUUGAGUUGUCUUGGUCAACGGUUCAUCAGUUUUUUUUUCGGUUUACAAUGAAAUAUAUUGGCCUUAUCGCUUUAGUUUUUAUUUUUCAAUCGAUUGAUGUUUCGUUUGCUUGUAAUUAUCACGAUAUUGAAUUAUUGGACUAUGAAAGUGGGGUGGAUAACAUGAUUAAGUUUGAAAAAGGUGCUCAGUACGAGAUCACAAGUGAUUGUAGGGCAUUCGCUAAAGUUAAUGCGACUAUAGCACGAAAAGUCACCUCAGCAUUGAUAUCGUAUAAACUCAAAACAAAUUAUGGAGAUCUUUUAACUGUCAAGAAUAUGGAUUUGUGCCAAUUCAUGUCAGAGUUUGACAUUAGUGGAACAGAAUGCCCAGCCUCUCCAGGGCAAGCUACCAUUAAAAUGAACGGCAAUAUAAAUUACACCACAUAUGGACCAUUAUUGGAAUUGUUUGCUGGACCCGUUACCUUAUUAAUUAAAAUUUGCUACGAUGGAGACGAGUUUCAUCCCGAUGUUUUUUCUGCGAAGGCUAUCAUCAAAAAGAAAAAUUUUGUGUAGUCAUUUUAGUUAUUGUAAAUAAAUCGCAUCCAAUCACAUCCAA